CAAUCUCCGCAAGAAAAGAUUUUGCUUUCUCAAUCGCAGCAACAAGUUUUCUCCUUUGAAAAAGCCUGCGCUUUGGGUUUAGUUGGCAUUUUCCAUAAGUCUACCAAGUCUCCAACAGAUUUGGUGAAGUGUUGUUGUUUCAAACUCCCAAGGUGUGUGUCUUUUAUACUUUGGAAAAGGAAGUUUUAGAUGAUCUUUCUCCAUAGAACAUGGCAACUGAGAGCCUGAUGCAAAUGAUAGAAAGUAGUGGGGUCACAAAGUGGCACUCUUCAAAGGAAGCUCUAGUAUUUGGUUCACAAUUGAAGGAUAUAGAAAUGGAGGAGUUGAUGAUGCUUUUGAAAGGGCAAAGAAUCCAUGGGGAUCAAACAGACAAAGUGCCAAAUCGAAGUGGUAGUGCUCCACCAAGCAUGGGAGGUUCAUUUACAGCUAUCGGCAACCUUUUGGCUCAACAGAAUUCUAGCCUAAAUUCCAGCUUGGCAAGUUUGAGCAGUGUCAUUGACAAGUGCGAGUCUGAGGAGCAACUGCGCUCUCAUCCAGCCUAUUUUGCUUACUACUGCUCAAACAUUAACUUAAAUCCAAGGCUUCCGCCACCUCUGAUUUCACAUGAAAAUCGACGCUUGGCGCGCCAUAUUGGUUGUUUCGGUAAUAACUGGAGAGCAACAUCCAUGGAUGAUAGUGGCAAUGGGUUCUUACCUUUUAAUCGAACUUCACUCACUACUCAUAAGGAGGAAGUUGAGGAUAGAUCAUCCCCCAGACAAGCUUUAGACAAGUGGUCAGAAGAUGGUAAUGGGUCUUUGCUUGAACAAGACUUGGCAUCUUUCACUGGUCGCCACAAGAGUUUGGUUGAUCUGAUACAGGAAGACUUCCCCCGCACCCCUUCACCGGUAUAUAGUUUGUCACAUUCAUCAGGCAUCGCAACAGCAGAUGAGCCAAUAGAUCAUGAUGUUAAUGCAAUCUCAUCAAACUUUUCUUCUGUCAAUGCUUCUUCCAAAGUACCAGAAUUGAUCUUAGGUUCUGCUGAUGUAUGCGUGGAUAAAAAUGCCCUAGAUGCUCAUGCUACUGGUUUGAUACCCCACAAGGAUUCUUCAGUGACCGAUAUUCAGAACUCACCAUGCCCUGAACAGACAGGGAGAUUAUCAGCAUCUUUGGAAGAUGAUACAAACUUCAAAGAUGCUAGGUCGGAUGCUGAUGUAUCUGGUGAUGUUCCUCAGUCGGUUUUACUUUCCAAUUCCAGAAUGAGAAAAAAACAAGAAGCACAACAAACUCAUGGAAAGAAUAUGCCAAGGGAAUAUUAUUCGUCCAUUCAACCAGCUUCUGCACAGCAAUCCCAAGGAUUUGCAGCACAGGCCAUUUCUCAAGGAUUGAGUCAUAUGUAUAGCCAUCCUAAGUUCUCUUCUGUGGGUUCACAACCAUUAUUACAUUCUUCUGGACUCGCACCCCCCAUAUAUGCAACGGCGGCACCAUAUAUGACUUCCGGGAACCCACUGUAUGCCAAUUUUCAGCCAUCUGGUCUAUAUGCUCCACAAAACAAUAUUAGCGGAUAUCCCAUGAAUCCUGCAUUUCUUCCCCCAUUUGUGGGAGGAUACCUUUCUCAUGCUUCUGUUUCUUUGCCAUUUGAUUCUACUGCAUCUGGUCCAAGCUUCAAUAAUCAAACUUAUGGUGCUUCAACUGGGGAAAGCAAUCCAAAUACAAGUGAUUUGCAACCUCCUGGCCACUUUUAUGGGCACCAUGGCUUAAUGCUUCCGCUUUCCUUAGUUGAUCCACUUCAUAUGCAAUACCUCCAACAUUCUUUUAGCAACAUAUAUGGUGCUUCUGCUCAGCAUGGUCAUUUGGAAUCAACUGGUGUUUCUGGGGGUCAAGUUGAUUCUUUUGUGCAGAAAGAAGCAAGUGGUGCUGCUUAUAUUAGUGAUUCAAAACUUGAUCCUCUAAUUAAUGAGAGGCUAAGAAUUUCGAGUCCUGGAAAAGUUGGAAGUAUUGGUGGUGGCUAUUAUGGAGGUCACCAAAGCAUGGGUGUUAUUUCCCAAUACCCAACAUCACCGCUUGCCAGUCCACUGAUGCCAUCAUCACCAGUAGGUGGAAUGACUCCUCUAGGUCACAGAAACGAAAUUUGGUUUCCUCCAAAAGCAGGACCGUAUUCUGGUUGGCAAGGACAGAGAAUCAACAGCUUUGAGGACUUCAAAAGGCAUUCUUUUCUCGAAGAACUUAAAUCCAGCAAUGCCCGGAAAUUUGAGCUCUCUGAUAUAUCUGGGCGUAUAGUUGAAUUCAGUGUUGAUCAACAUGGGAGUCGAUUUAUCCAGCAGAAGCUGGACCAUUGCUGUCUUGAGGACAAGGAGUCUGUUUACAAAGAAGUCCUUCCACAUACUUCAAGAUUAAUGACUGAUGUUUUUGGUAAUUAUGUUAUUCAAAAGUGUUUUGGGCAUGGAAGUUCCGAGCAGCGGAAUGAACUUGCUGAUCAACUUGUUGGAAAUAUGCUAAACUUUAGUCUGCAAAUGUAUGGUUGUCGUGUGAUACAGAAGGCGUUAGAAGUGAUUGAACUUGAUCAGAAAAUACAACUUGUUGAGGAGCUUGACGGUCACGUUAUGAAAUGUGUGCGUGACCAAAAUGGGAAUCAUGUGAUACAAAAGUGUAUAGAGUGCAUCCCUAUGGAUAGAAUUGGGUUUGUUAUUUCGGCUUUUCGUGGUCAAGUUGCAACACUUUCUACUCAUCCCUACGGUUGCCGUGUCAUUCAGAGAAUUUUGGAGCAUUGUUCAAACGAACUGCAAAGCCAAUGCAUCAUCGAUGAAAUUUUGGAUGCUGCUUACGAGCUUUCUCAAGAUCAGUAUGGAAACUAUGUUACGCAGCAUGUUUUGGAGAGGGGAAAGCCGCAUGAACGAGGCCGUAUUAUUAACAAGUUGGCUGGGAAAAUUGUACAAUUGAGUCAACAUAAAUAUGCGUCAAAUGUUGUUGAGAAGUGUUUGGAGUAUGGCAAUAGUGUGGAACGGGAGUGUUUGGUUGAGGAGAUCAUUGGACAACCUGAUGAAAACGACUCUUUAUUGACUAUGAUGAAGGACCAAUUCGCUAAUUAUGUGGUCCAGAAGGUUCUUGAAGUAAGCAACGAUAGACAACGGGAACUAUUUCUGGAUGGGGUAAGAGUUCAUCUCAAUGCUCUGAAGAAAUAUACAUAUGGGAAACACAUUGCUGCUCGGUUUGAACAACUGCUUAGUGAAGAAAGCGAUGCCACGGCCUCGGAGAAGGCAUGAAAGGUCUUUAUCGAUGUUAGAGGCUGAAACUGUUGCAGGGCGUUUGAUAAAUUGUUAGUUAAAAAGUUGGGGAAUAAAUGUAUUACUGUAUAUUGUACACUGUUUGUGUAUCUAUGUAUAGAAUAAAACAACUAAAGCUUGCAGUGAUUGCUUUGAAAUUUAUUGAGAAAUUUGACAAAUGCUUGCAGGUUUUCAUUAUGU